AUGCGUGCUUUAGUACUAUAUUUCGCGAUCGUCGCGUUCACCAAUUAUGUAAAUAGUGCGCGAAUUCUUGGACUUUUCCCCCAUACGGGAAAAAGUCACCAAAUGGUUUUUGAACCACUUUUACUAAAACUCGCUGAAAAAGGACACCAUGUCACUGUUGCGUCUUUUUUUCCCCAAAAAAAUCCGCCACCAAAUUACACUGAUAUCAGUUUCGAAGGUAUUGCAGGUGUUGGAGUGGAAACUUUCGACCUAAAUUUAUAUGAAGAUCUUGGUUUUAUUUUGCACGUACCAAUAUUAGGUCGAAUUCUUCAGCAAUUAGCAGAAUUUGGUCCCCUCGGUACUAUGGCUUUAAAUGUGUGCAGUAAGGCCGUAGAUUGGCCGCCACUUAAAGAAGCUCUAAAGAGAGAAUACGAUAUUGUAUUAUUGGAAAACUUUAAUAGUGACUGUAUGUUAGGUCUCUUACAUGUGUAUGAAAUAAGGGCGCCUGUAGUGGCUUUGACAUCUUGUGCCCCUAUGCCAUGGUCAGCUGAUCGCAUCGGGGCAACAGAUAACCCAUCUUAUGUUCCUGUUGUAAGCUCGUCGUUUAGUACCCGGAUGACGUUUUUAGAACGUAUGGAAAAUACAUUUUUGCUCAAUUAUCAUAAAUGGUGGUUCCAAAACGAGGUACAAGCGAAAGAACAGGCUUUCAUCGAAAAACAAUAUGGCAGAAAAAUUCCAAAUCUUAAUGAUUUAGCAAAGAAUAUCUCUUUAUUGCUUGUGAACACUCAUCCAACUUUGAACGGAGUUCGACCUCUCGUGCCGGGAAUUGUAGAAGUUGGAGGCAUGCAUUUGGAUCAUACGAAAAGAAUUAUACCACAGUUUAUCGAGAGAUUUGUAAAUGAGUCGGAGCAUGGAGUGAUCCUUCUCAGCUUUGGCUCGUUAAUUAAAACAGCAUCUAUGCCACAAUACAAACAGCAGAUUAUAAUAAAUGCCUUGUCUAAAUUAAAACAACGGGUGAUUUGGAAAUUUGAAGAGAGUGCUGAAGAAGGUACUCUAAUUGGGAAUAUAUUAAAAGUGAAAUGGUUACCACAAUAUGAACUGCUAAAACACGAUAAGGUUGUAGCAUUUAUUGCUCAUGGUGGUCUUUUGGGCAUGACUGAGGCGGUGUCGGCUGGGAAGCCGAUGGUAAUCGUGCCUUUCUUCGGAGAUCAACACUACAACGGUGCAGCAGCAGUAGCAUCUGGCUUUGGUAGAGUCGUAUCUUAUAUAGAUUUGAAUGAACAGGAUCUGAGGGAGGCUGUUGAAUCUGUAUUGAGUGCACAAACUCGCCUGAACGCUCGCAGAGUGUCAAAAAUGUGGCACCAUAGACAAGCAGCACCUCUAGAUACUGCUGUGUUUUGGACGGAGUACGUUAUUAAGUGGGGUAGCGAUAGCAAACUUCAUUCGAUCGCAAGGGACUUGCCCUUUUAUGAAUAUGCGCUAUUGGAUGUAGUAUCUGCAUAUAUUAUAGAAACUAUGGGCGGAACAAAAGAGAAUGACGAGACGAAAGAAGAGAGUUUCAUAGAAGCUCGUCCUGGCUGUCCAUCGCUA